CUUUAUAACCCUUUUUUCGUCCCUGUUUCGUCCACUGUGAUUUGACAGAGUUGUCAGGAUAGUUGUCAUCGUUGUCAUGGGAUCACUUUCACUGGUGGUGCUCCUGUACCCGAGGUGACACGGAUGCAAAGCAAGUUGCAUAGUGCAUACUUCAUGGGCACAGAUUAUAAAGAUGUGAUACAGCGACACCUUGUUAGCAAAUGACCACGGCAAAUGCAAAUAGAACGCACCUUAAAGCACGUGGUACCAAAUAGCAUACGGAACGAACCCCUACGAAAAUGUCAUUUUCGUUGACAAGUCAAGUUGAAAUCAAAUAUCAAGAUAUGAUUUUUUAAGAAAAAUCAUGACCCUUUUUUGAGGCGUAUUGUCGGAAUUUUACUGUCCCUCGAAAGAAGGACUUUUUAAAUCUUCGAAAUGGCGUCACCAGUGUAUAUUGAAGAAGAGCUGGGAAGAAAAUGGGAUAAAUGCAUAUCAGAUUCAAUUCUGAAGUUCGGUGGAGGUCUAGUGUUAGGAGGAGUAUUUUCUCUACUGUUUUUCAAAAGAAAACGGUGGCCAAUACUAAUGGGUGGCGGCUUCGGUAUUGGUAUGGCAUACUCAAACUGUGAGAAAGACCUAAAUGCUUCAUUACAUGCCUGCAAUAAAUGUGCAGAAAAGGAGUGAACGUAGCCAUCAUUAAGCCAUCAAAUAGGAUACUGCCUCAUUCAGGAGCUUGCUAGUAACAAAGCGCUCAUGGAGAAAAUGUCACUGUGAAACACACAGAUUGCUUAUCAUACUUUUUGAAAUUGAUUAUUUUCUGAUGAAACCAUGAUAAUGUUAGAUUUUCUGCAAGAGUGCUACAAAACUAGUUUCACAAAUUGGAAUCAGGCUUGGUUGUAGUACUCAUAGCUGAGUCUUCUGUUGCUGAAAUGGAGAGGAAUGGCAUCUCAACAAUCAGAGACCACAUUUGGAGCAAGUUUCCCUGGAGAUUUUGCGAAGCUAUACAGGUAUAUGGAUUCUCAUGGAAUGCAAAAUCGAUGUAUCAUCUGCAAAUGUUGCUCUGCAUACAUUAUUUGCAGUUGGUAGAUUUGUAUUAUACAGAAGGUAGAGGGUGGGUCCUGAAACACUUCCUUGUGAGACUCCUGAACUGAUAGGCUUAAUGGAUAUAGACUCAGUGACACGCUUCACGUAGAAGUACCUAUUUAUCAGGUACGAUUUCACAAGUAAGUAAUAAGGAUAAGGGAGAAAUUGUUUUAAUUUGUAGUGUGGGACGGACAUUGCGUGAUAAAUCGCAUUUUUUAACCUGGUGGGUAUAUCAGCUGAUAGCCGCUUUUAAGAUAUAAUUUUGACGACGAAAAAAAUACAUGAUUGCAAUAAUAAAUUGUAUUGUUUUUACAUUACCGAGUCGGUUAUGUUGCUACGGAGCAGUUUUGGAGGUCAAAGGUAAUAAGUGAUUAAUGUAUUCUACCUGAAGACAACCAACCAUAUACUACAUCUAUGAGAUGGUAGCAGACACAAAAAUGAAUUUAGAAAUCUACUUCGAAAAGAGAGUUUCUGAUGUUACGAUUGCCAAUCCAUUUUGGCACCUCUCAAAUACCUAUUUUAAUUGGGUGUUUUCAGAUCGAAUGCGUUAAUCGAUGCCUGAAGAUAUACAAUUAAAUUAGGCAUUACUGAGGCACCAAAAUGGGAUUAAAAAUUCUAGCGCAUCUGUGAGAGAAUAGCAGAACAAAUAAUAACUUUUUAAAGUAGCAGGGAAGCGAAGCUUGGCAACUAGGUCACCUGUGACCGUUUUUGCCGACCCCGCAGUAUCAACAUCGUACUACCCCACGAGCCAUCUACUAGUAUCUGAUUAUGGAAUAAACCACCUGCAGCCAUGUGAUGUAUCAUGUUAAUCUUGGGGCGAUCUGAUACAUGAUAUAGACAACACACAACACAACAUCCAAGGAUCGGAAUUAACUUUUACAAUUUCUAAUUACUAAUGAUGUCACUGUAAUUUUUUAAGAUAAAUUGUUC